CGGAGCUCAAUGCCUCUAAAUUUAACCCUAAAAGCUGGACUCGAUUAAUCCGUCUUUAACACCUCCUCAUCGUACGAGCAAGCGUUACGUCUUCCAUAUCACGAAAUCAUUGUCUUCCGACCAUGUCUUCGCUCCCUUUAUAUAGUUAUACAUUCAUAGGUUUAGAUAGCAGUGUAAGAUUGAGUUUUAGGUCCAUGGAGAUCGUUCAUGCCCUGCCGAUGUGUCUUAGCCUCUUUGCUUUCGUUUCCUUCUUUUCCUAUCCUUGCAUGGUCUCCUGUCGCGAGAAUCCUCAUCGUAAUACCAACCAGCUGCAGACGUACGUCAUCCAAUUGGAAACGUCGACCGCGUCCUUGGAUGCUGACGGUCUCAACAUCUGGCACAAAUCCUUCCUGCCAGUGUCGGACGACGACUCCGAUCGACGGCUGGUUCACUCCUACAGUCAAGUCUUCAGUGGGUUCGCCGCAAGGCUUACGGAGGAGGAGGCGAAGAGCGUGGCGAAGAAGGAGGGUUUCCUGCGUGUGUAUCCGGACCGCGUCUUGCCUCUUCUUACUACCCACACGCCUGGCUUCCUCGGCCUUCAAAGUGGCGGAGGCACGUGGAGGGCUGCCAGCUUUGGCAAGGGGAUCAUCAUCGGACUCCUUGACUCUGGUUUGGAUCAUGAUCACCCUUCCUUCCAUGAUGACGGCGUGCCUCCGCCACCUACCAAAUGGAAAGGCUCAUGCGGAUUCAAGACCGGCUGUAACAACAAGCUCAUCGGCGCGAAGAACUUGCUCGGCGGCAGCAGCCCGGAUGGGCCUAUAGACGCUGUUGGGCAUGGUACGCACACGGCAAGCACAGCAGCCGGAAACUUUUUGAACAACGCGAGCUAUUAUGGCUUGGCCGGCGGCACGGCGGCAGGGAUUGCACCACACGCUCACCUAGCCAUCUACAAGGUGUGCAUAACUGGGCGAUGCCAACUCUCCGACGUGCUAGCGGGGAUCGACGCGGCCGUGGGAGAUGGUGUCGAUGUGAUCUCCAUUUCUAUAGGUGGAGACGCCACCCCUUUCAAUGAUGACGUUCUGGCCAUUGGGGCAUUUGGAGCUGUCAAGAAAGGGAUAUUUGUCAGCUGUGCUGCUGGCAAUAGCGGACCAGUCGAGCGUACCCUUUCGAAUGAAGCACCAUGGUUACUAACCGUGGCGGCGAGCACCGUCGACAGAAGCCAAAGAGCGACCGUGAAGCUGGGCGACGGCCAAAAGUUUAAUGGCGAGUCUCUCGAUCAGUACCCGACCUCGAGUGGAAGUUUGCUUACACUUUUCCACAUGUACACCGAUCCCUAUUGCAAAUCCUUGAACAGCAGCCAAGUCGAGGGUAAGGUGGUCGCCUGCUUGGUCUAUAGAACUCCCAACUACACAGCUACUCUUGUUAAGGCAGCGGGUGGCGUCGGCGUAAUACUCAUCUCCACUGAAAUCGCGGGAUACACUAUCCUUGACAACAGAUGCAACUUCCCUGCAGCAAUAGUAAGCAACGAGGAUGGCGAUAGAAUCACAUCCUAUGCCACUUUAGCCACCAAGCCUACGGUAUCCAUCACUUAUGACGGCACCAUUAUCGGAACAUCUCCUGCUCCGGUCGUCGCUUCUUUCUCGUCGAGGGGUCCUUCCAGAAAUGGCCCGGGCAUCCUUAAGCCCGACGUCUCCGGCCCAGGUGUCAACAUUCUAGCGGCAUGGCCUUCUGAUGUGGUGGGUGGGGAUGGACGUAUGGGUCGAAUGACCUUCAAUUUCCAAUCAGGUACCUCCAUGGCGACCCCUCAUCUGAGCGGGGUUGCUGCACUCCUAAAGAGCUUGCAUCCCGGUUGGUCACCGGCAGCCAUCAAGUCCGCGAUCAUCACCACCUCAGACGAC